CUUGUAGAGUGCAUCGGAUCAGACGUUCAUUUCGACUGAACAAAAAGACACACCACUUUCAUUUUGCUGAUACCAAACCUUCUUGGUGGCCUUCUGAACAUAGGUACUGCUCUAGUCUUUGGCUUACAUGCCAUGAUCUAAGUCCGUGCGAACCCGAAAUAGAACAUAACUCUUCCUAGCUGUUGUGAGAAGAAUCAACCUACAUUUGAAAAGUUAUUAAACAUCAUGAGCUCUCAGGGUUCUGCUAAAGACGCACAGCCAACUAAGCCGGAUUCGUCAUAUAGAAAAUGGUUUGUGUUGAUGUCUGGAUUUUUUAUCAUAUUUUUGUGCACUGGAUUUCCCUUCAAUAUGGCUGUCCUUAACCCUGAGCUUCUUCGCACAUUUGAGAAAAGUAAGGCGGAAACUGCUUUGGUACAGUCGAUAACGAUUGGGGUGCUAUAUAUAGCAGGAGCCUUGUGCGGGAAGAUUGUGGCCAAAUAUGGAGCUAGAGUGACAGGGAUAACCGGAAGCAUAGUUACGACGCUCGGUCUGGUUUUCUCUUUCUUUGCCGAAAGUAUUCCUCAUCUCAUUGUAACCCUUGGAAUAGUGUCAGGAUUUGGUUUCUCUGCUACUUUCAUCUCAGCAUUUACAACAGUCGGAGAAUACUUUGAAGGGAAAUCUAAACUAAUGGCGUUAUCAUUCCUCUCAUUUGGAUCAGGAUGCGGUUCAAUAGUAAUUCCCUAUCUCUUACACUUCCUUAUAGAAGAGUUCGGUUGGAGAGGGUGUUUACUUAUUUUCGGAGGACUUUUUGCAAAUAUGAUAUGUUUCUUUGCUGUUUGCAAACCACUGUCAAUCGGCAUUUCACAAAAUACGUCAAAGAAAUCAAAAGAUUUUGACCCCGAAUCGACUUCGAACGAGGACGGUUUUACGAAAUCAAUACGGUCAUUGGUCACCAGUAAAGUUUAUUUAACAUACACAGUAGCCAUGUGCUUCACACUUCCGGUCAUAAACUCAUUAAUGGUUUUUAUCAUCGAUUUCCUAACGACGAACGGAUUUGAAUCUGACACAAGGAUACAAUUGUAUCUUUAUUUACAACUUGGAAACGCAUUGUGCAGAUUUGUUCCCGGUUUAUGUAAAAAGUAUAUUCCUCACACGAGCGUUCUUAUUAUUCCUGCGUGUUUUACAGUACUCGGAUCAACAGCGAUUGCGUUGCUUCCUCAUGCAGACACGUAUAUACAUUAUAUUAUCCUCUUGGUCUGUUUGGGGAUGGCAUUAGGUGUUGGCGUCACAACCGUCCCCAUGACAACCAUGAAGCUCGUGGGGCUUCAGAAGUACUCUGCGGGACUAGGAGUACUAAUGACGCUCAUGGGCAUCAGUAAUUGCAUUGCAGGACCCAUUGCUGGACUGUUUGUUGAUCUGACGGGAUCCUACACGAAACCCUUUUACUGUAUGUCUGGUGGUCUCGGAUUCGCGACUGGCAUGUUUUUACUAGCUUCUUGGCUAAAACGGAAAUCUACAACAAAUCAUUCAGGUAUUGAAAUUAAUACCAGCGUUAUCGAGGUAAACGACAAUCCCACAUUUACUCCAUAAAACCAUGUUCGAUUUAUGAAGAACUACCGGUGUUGCUUAGUGGAUUAUGUCUGUGUUAGCUGCGAUUUAUAGCGUUAUAUGACUAGGAGCACUUGUAACUGGUUGAUCAUGUUUAAAAUCCAGUGAAUAUUUUAAAGCUUGAGCAUGCUCCUUAUACUUAAACACACUAAGCAUCUAUCAAUUGCAACGGUGCAAGUCUACAUAACAUAAAGGGAAAGAACGCGUUGGAUAUAAUGAAGGAAUCUCGGUGUUAUUCUUCUUUGACGUGUCCAUGUAAAAUGUGUGAUAUAAUAAGAUGUGUACUAUAAUUAAGAUGAAGGAUACCACUGCUGUGAAGAAAUGUUUGGACAAGAGAAAUGAUGUAUAGUUUAUCUUGUAGGAACCUUUACCUUAUCUAUUGUAUAUCAUCAGUGAUAUCUGAAACCUUUUAAGUCUUGUAUAAGACAAGGAAAAUCCCAAAAGGUUGCUGAGAAAUCGAUGGUGCCCUCCGGAAGCAAAUAUCACACCGAUAAUUUUCUAUGUUUGUAUUUCACUCGCUGUUUUAGUUAUGCACCUAUAUACUUAACAAUAAAGGUCUAUAUAUGUUAUUUUGCAGAACACUAGGAUAUCGUUAAUUAUAAAACAACGUUAUAAUGGCUUGUGCUUCGUACGGCGGAUAUCAGUGAACAGUGACGAAUUGUUUUAAACAGAAAUGUUCCAACAUUACAUAUCUCAAUUAUUCGUUUAAUAUCAUUUAACAUCUAAGAAGCAUCAUAUGAUAUUAGAACGUUUGGUAGAAAAAUGUUAACAUUCUUAAAUAAAUACUUUAUAUGGUUGAUAUAGUUCCGGAGCAGAUGUUGCUUCAAAUUACUCAUUUUGUCCUCGCCUCUCUCAAUUUUUUUUUAUUUUUUUUUGUAAUCAAUUUUGAAUCCCCAUGCGGUUUAUAGCGUGAUAUGACUAGGAGCACUUGUAGUUGGUUGAUCAUGUUUAAAAUCCAGGGCAUAUUUUAAAGCUUGAGCAUGCUCCUUAUACUUAAACGCACUAAACAUCUAUCAAUUGCAACGGUGCAAGUCGACAUAACGUAAAGCUAAAGAACGCAUUUGAUAAAAUGAAGAAAUCCCGGUGUUAUUCUUCUUUUUCGUGUCCAUGUAAAAUGUGUGAUAUAAUAAUGUAAGAUGUGUACUAUAUUUAAGAUUAAGGAUACCAUUGAUGUGGAAAAAAGUCCCAUGCAGAGAUUUUUGGACAAGAGAAAUAAUAAAUAGUUUAACUUGAA